UGUCCUUGGAUUUGUUUGUUUGUUGCCUUGUGAUUUGCCUUGUGCUUUAUAAUUGGUGUUUGUUUUUCGUUGGGGCUAUUAGCUUCAUAUGCAUAUGUAUCGUACCUUGGUACACCAGAUUAUAUCUGUGGAUAUUGUGGUGCUUAUUUCUGGUACGAGGAGAGGGUACAGGGAAAAUCAUCAUAUACAAAACUGCUUUUAUACUGUUGAGCACCAGAAGUGGGGACUACCUCACGCUCACAUACUCAUCUGGCGGAAGGGAGAACAAGAUGGCGAUCGUUGCUUUAGAUGAGCUUGUCCAAGGAAAUAGCAACGAUUCAGUCUAUGUGUAUGUCUCGCGACUAUGGAACCAUCGUGGAGGCACUGACACUGGUCCGAUCAAGCACACUAGCAUGGUUCUUAUGGAUGCCGUGGGCAACCACAUGUAUGCUGAGAUUUCUGAGAAACCGGUUCCUACAUUUGCGUCAAGGAUUCGUGAAGGCUGCGCUUAUGUGAUUUCUCAGUUCUUGGUGUUUCCAAACAAACGCUAUUUCAAGCCUGUCGCUGGACCACAUAUGAUCAGAUUCAACCGUUUUACCACAACCGACCCUCCAGCUAAUGAAGAGAUUGAAUUCCCAUUCUGUACUUACUUGCUCACCGCUUUGGCUCAUCUUCCUGCGCCGGUUGAGACCCCUGACUAUUUCACAGACAUCCUAGGACUUAUUGUCGGUGUGUCUGAUGCCAUGGUAUACCACAGCUCUAACAGAGCUGAGCCUUAUGUAAAGCGAACUAUCACUCUUGCUGACCUGAGUGGAUACCAGAUCAAUGUCGUACUGUGGGGAGAGCAGGCAAAGGCCUUUGAUGGAGAUGAUGUCAUGCAGAUAGGCCAAACUGGACCAGUCAUUGCUCUAAUCGUUGGGACCCUGGUUAAAAACUAUGAAGGACGCAGGGGGGUUAGUGGUAGCGCAGCAUGCCGAUGGUACAUUAAUGAUGAUAUAUCUGACAUCACCCAAUUUCACGAAAGCCUCCAAGGAAAGUUCUCUCUUGUAAAGAAAAUUAUUCUUCCUGGUCAAACCGCAGAUGAGAAAAGUGCAUAGGUCAAUCUACAAACUAAAACAGUUGGUCAACUUCUCGACUUGAACAUCUAUGAGAAUAAGAGCACGCGUUUCUUCUGCUCGGUCACUUUGUACAGGCUCAGUCCUGGUCAGCGUUGGUGGUUCAUGUCUUGUGAGAAGUGCCAUAAAACAGCACAGCGACAUGGCCCUGUCUACAGGUGCAUUGACCCCACAUGUGCCUCCACCGACGCAAUGCCAAGAUAUCGCAUAUGCUUUAGAUGCACUAGCGAUUCAAGGGAGGCCGAGUUUAUUUUCUUCGACAGGGUUGGAAAAGAGAUUGUUGCUAAAUCUUUGAUCACUUUGCUGCAUGAAGGGUAUUCCAGUCGUACAACCCUUGAUG